CGCAACUUGUCACAUGAUCCCCAGUGCAGUGCCAACGUGUUUGUCGAUUUUUGAGACAAAGAUCAAGAAGCGUGGAAGUCGACAAAAAUGAAGUUUUCACUUACUGUGCUGUUUUUUCCACUGUGCUUGUCCCAAGCUCUGAUCAGGGUUCCUCUACAUAAAAUGGACAGGACUAUUGAGAACCUCUGGGAGAUGGGUUUGACCCGCAGCGAUGUGAUCACCUCCAAGUUUGCUGGUGGAGAUGUUCCCGAGCCCCUCACUGACUACAUGGAUGCCCAGUACUAUGGAACUAUCAGCAUUGGAACCCCACCACAGAUGUUUAAUGUUGUCUUUGAUACUGGCUCCUCUAAUCUUUGGGUUCCCUCUGUCCACUGCAAGGGCAUUAACAUUGCAUGCCGGAUUCAUAGCCGCUAUGAUAGUAGCAAGUCGAGCACUUACGUCAAGAAUGGUACUGCAUUCGCAAUCCGAUAUGGUAGUGGAAGCUUAACUGGCUAUCUCAGUCAAGACACUGUCAGCGUAGGAGGAAUUUCAGUCAAAAGUCAAACAUUUGCUGAGGCUAUCGUUGAGCCAGGACUCGCCUUUGUUGCUGCCAAGUUUGACGGAAUAUUAGGUAUGGCAUUCAAGUCGAUCUCAGUGGAUUCAGUUCCGACGGUGUUCGACAACAUGGUUGCACAACAACUUGUGCCCAGUUCCAUAUUUGCCUUUUAUUUGAACAGAGAUGUCAAUGGGACGACUGGUGGUGAACUUCUACUCGGAGGUUCUGACCCAAAUCACUAUUCUGGAGCAUUGGUGUAUGUUCUCCUUUCAAAUGAAACAUACUGGGAGUUUAAGAUGGCAGGAGUGAAAGUGGGCGGGGUGACGUUUGCUUGCAAAGAUGGUUGUAAUGCGAUUACUGAUACCGGCACAUCACUUAUUGCUGGACCUGCUGCCGAAGUGCAGGCCCUAAAUGAGAAACUUGGAGCUACAAAAUUGCCAAUUAUAAAUGAGUAUGUGUUUGACUGCAGCAAACUUGACUCCCUGCCCGACAUUGCCUUUUCUAUUAAUGGUACUGACUUUUCGCUGACCGCAAAAGAAUACGUGCUAACGGUAUCUCAGGCGGGGCAGUCACUCUGCAUUAGCGGAUUCAUGGGUAUUGAUUUACCACCUCAAGUUGGCCCUCUCUGGAUUCUAGGAGAUGUAUUCAUUGGUAUCUACUACACUGAGUUUGACGCUGCUAACAAGAGAGUUGGAUUUGCUCGCUCCAAAUAGACUAAUGAUAAAAGAACUGCUAUAUAUACAUAACUGUUAUGAAAAAAUUUUGCUGUUUUAUCAUUUAUACAUGAGUGUAUAAUUUAUAACAACGAUGCUGUUUUUGAUUGUUAUAUCGUUUUAACGUGAA